AUGCGGAUGGCGAUCUUUGGUAUGGGAUGCUUCUGGGGGGCCGAGCAGCUCUUCUGGAACACUCUGGGGGUCUUCUCCACCCAGGUGGGGUUUGCAGGAGGCUUCACCCCAAACCCCACCUACAAAGAGGUGUGCACAGGGCUGACUGGGCAUGCUGAGGUGGUGAGGGUGGUCUUUGACCCCCAGAAAAUCAGCUAUGAGGAGCUUCUCAAAGUCUUCUGGGAGAACCAUGACCCCACUCAAGGGAUGCGGCAGGAGGAGGACGUAGGAACUCAGUAUCGCUCUGUCAUCUACACACUGGGCCCUGAGCAGCAGGGAGCUGCCCUCCGAAGCAGGGACAUGUACCAGCAGGUACUGGGGACACGGGAGAGGCGUGGGGACAUCACGACCACCAUUGAACCAGCCGGGGACUUCUACUAG